AUGGCGCUCAUCGACAGAGUGCCCGGGGACCUGAACCUGUACAUUGGUGGCAUGUUCACUCUGCGACGGCGCGAAGCCCUCCAGCAAGCCAAUAUCACGCACGUCUUGUCGGUAUUGCGUACACCACUAGAUCAAGACUUGUUUGGCCCCUUCAAGCACAUGGUUGUCGAGGUCGACGAUGUCGACGACGAGAAUCUAUUGGAGCAUUUCCCUGCUACAAACCGCUUCAUCCAGGAGGGGCUCCAGGGAGGUGGCGGAGUCUUGGUGCAUUGUGCUAUGGGCAAGUCACGGUCGGCUACCGUCGUCAUCGCGUAUUUGAUGCAAGAGCACAACAUCAGCCCAUCGGAAGCUCUGUCGCACGUUCGGCAAGCGCGAUCCAUCUGCGAACCAAACGAGGGCUUCAUGAAACAGCUCGAGCUAUACGGUGAGAUGCAGACACCAGAGAACGUCGAUGACACCCCGGCCUAUCAGCGCUGGGUCUACCAACGCGAGAUUGAGCUGAGCCGAGCGUGUGGCCAAGCUCCAGAGGCGGACAAGAUCCGCUUCGAAGACGAACAUGUCACCGAUGAAACUUCCGGCUUCGAAUUGAGAUGUCGUAAAUGCAGACGAGCAUUAGCAACGUCAACGUAUCUACUAUCGCAUGGGUCCGCUUCCUCCGUCAGCGAUGAGACACCGGAAGCUAAGAAAGCCUCUUCGCAGAACUGUUCCCACUACUUCCUAGAUCCCCUGUCAUGGAUGCGCCCCGAGCUCGAACAAGGCAAGUUGGAAGGCCGACUCGAAUGUCCAAAGUGUCACACCAACGUAGGCAAGUACGCCUGGCAGGGCAUGCAAUGUAGUUGCUCAGAGUGGGUCGUCCCCGGUAUCAGCCUGGCGAAGGGUCGAAUCGACGAAGCAAGGAAAGCAAACUUUGGUAUCCGUCGGCCACCGGGAGCAUCAGGUGCGCCUCCGUUGGGGGCAGCUCAGGCAAAGGAGAACCUAUGA